UCAAUUCAGUAUCUUUUGGUUCUAAAAUUCGACACUCGAUAUCUACUCUGCAAACGACUGAGGCAUCCCGCAAUAUGAAGGUCUUACUUCUACUCUGCCUGGUUUCGACCAGUGCUCUGGUCCUUGCCAAACCUCUCGACACAUCGGACUUGGUGCAAUCAAGUGAUGAUUUGGUGCCCCUAGGCAAGGCCGCAGUUUCCGACGUGGAUGUGAAUAAAGCAGAUGAAGUUGACCAAGAUGUGGAAGUGGAAAUCGAUGGUGAACACGAGGAACCAGUGGCAGAAGAUGAAAACGAAGAUCAAGACCCAGAGGAUGCCGAUCAAGACGAAGAAGCAGACGAAAGUGAAGAUGAUGCUGAUCAAGCUUCUGAGGAAUCCGAUGAAGAGAGCUCUGAGGAGGACUCUAAUCAGGACGAGGAGUCAGAUGAUGUCGAAGAUGAUGGUGAUCAAGCUUCUCAAGAAUCCGAUGAAGAGAACUCCGAGGAGGAUUCUGAAGACGAACCCCAGGAUGACCACGCUCAGGAUCCACAACCACCACAAGAUUCGGAAAAACCACACCUCAGACAACCGGAGCAAGAUCAGCAGUCAUCACAAGAUCACCAAGAUAUUGACCGCGAACAAAAUGAUGAUAUCCUUGAAAACGAGCAUGAACGACAUGAUCACGAUAGCGAUGAACAUGAACAGAGGGGAGAUCAUUCCCAGGAUCACGUCGAACAUCGUCCCCAUGACGGAGAAGACUCCGAUACUGAGCAUGGCAUAAAAGAAGGUCAACAAUCGGUACAUCAUGCCGAUCAUGAUCAGGAUAAACAACGCCAACAGCACCAUCAUGGACACCCCGGUCAUGAGCAUCAGGAACGAGCACAAGAAUCUAAUCGAGGACCACAUCAUUGGCAACAUCGUUCUCAGAGAUCGCAGGAUCAGGAACAGAAACGAGGACCACAAGAACAACGACCCUCCCAGGGACCACAAGGCUCGGGACAAGGACCACAUGAACAAGAAGCUCCACAGGAACCACAAAAUCUAGAACAAGGGCCCCAAGGACAACACCCUCAUCAAGAACCGCAUCACCACGGACACGGACCUAAUGGACAACGCCCUCAUCAGGGACCGCAAAACUCAGAAGGACCUCAAGGGCAACGUCCUCCUCAAGGACCACAGAAUCCACAGAGCCCGGAACAAGGACCUGACGGACAAAGUCCACCUCAAGGACCUCAGAACCCCGGACAAGGACCCCAAGGACAACGUCCUCCACAAGGACCACAGAACCCAGGACAAGGACCUCAAGGACACCGUCCUCCACAAGGACCGCAGAACCCCGGACAAGGACCCAAUGGACAACGCCCUCCUCAGGGACCUCAGAACCCAGGACAAGGACCUCAAGGACAACGUCCUCCACAAGGACCGCAGAACCCCGGACAAGGACCCAAUGGACAACGCCCUCCUCAGGGACCUCAGAACCCAGGACAAGGACCUCAAGGACAACGUCCUCCACAAGGACCGCAGAACCCCGGACAAGGACCCAAUGGACAACGCCCUCCUCAGGGACCGCAGAACCCGGGUCAGGAUGACGAACACCAUGAAGUCCUAGAACAGGCUGGGGAAGGUCCAAGAGUUGCCAAUGUCAGUAUUAAUAUCGUUCAGUGAUAGCAGUGAUUGCAACGACUGAACCCAAAAUUACUGCAUGAAAUAAAAAAUCUUUUUUUUUCUUUAA